UUUAUCGAGUCCCACUCUGCCGUCCAGUACGUUCCGCCAUGUCGUUGGAAACGGUUAUCGAAAGGGUGAAGGCGCGCGUCGCCGCCGUCGAUCCGAACGGACCCCGCAAGGUGCUGGCCGUGUUUCAGUUCAACAUCAAAACUGCCGACGGAGUCGUGCCGUAUGUGAUCGAUUUGAAGCAGUUGAAGGUAGAGAAGGGAACGACUUCCGAUGCGGACGUGACCGUCGGGAUCAGCUUGGAAGAUCUGAUCGCGGUGAGCGCCAAGACGCUGCCGCUGGCUGAUGCACUGGCACAGGGAAAGCUGGACAUCCAAGGCGAUGCCACCAUGGCCGCUAAGCUAGCCGAAGUCAUCUAAGUCCACAGCGACCAAGGAAUGAUCGCGAUCUCUGCGGCAGUUGCCAUCACGUUCCAGCUACCCUUUCCUUCCGUUUUUCACGUUGUUUGUAAUAAAAUGUUCAA